UAAGCUCUCAAGCUCAGGGCCUCUUCUUAAUUUGAAAACUUAACUCGUAAGGCAAAAGUCCCAUACACACUAAAAUACCAACCAGCUCAUAAAUGGUCACAAGGUCAAGGACUCUCUCUCUCUCUCUCUCUCUCUCGUCAUAACAUAAAGUUCCAAGCGAGCCAAGUCUCGUUUGUUACCUUGUGCAUUUCAACUACUCCACAUAUAUUCUGUGUUGUUUGGUCUGCUAAUUAAUUAAGACUCUGCUUUCUUUUGCUCCUUUGAGAGGGCACUGAUCAAACAACACUCUUAAGAAAUGGGAAAGAAGCUUGAUGCUCUACUUGGUAGAACCUUUAAGCCCUCCAAAUUUAAGCCUCUUGUCAAUCUUGCUCUCUCUCGUCUCGUUGUCUUGAAGAGCCAGCGCCAAGUCCGCUGCACCCAAGCCCGGUCUGAUGUUGUUCAGCUCCUUGACCUUGGUCACCAUGAACGUGCUCUUAUUCGUGUUGAGCAUGUGAUCAAGGAACAAAACAUGUUGGAUGUGUUUGUUAUGAUAGAGAGCUAUUGCAAUCUUUUGAUUGAAAGGAUCAACCUCAUUGAACAAGAAAGAGUGUGCCCCGAUGAACUGAGGGAGGCAAUAUCAAGCUUGCUCUAUGCAGCUUCGAGAUGCGGGGAGUUUCCUGAGCUUCAAGAGAUUCGUGCUGUUAUGACAACUCGUUUUGGCAAAGAGUUUGCUGCUUCUGCUGUUGAAUUACGCAACAAUUGUGGAGUCAACCGUAAGAUGAUACAAAAGCUAUCAACCAGGCAACCAAGCUUGGAGAACAGAAUGGAAGUGGUCAAAGAAAUUGCUUCCGAGCACAACAUUGUUUUGCAAUUUGAUGAAGCUUUUAUUUCAACUGAGGAAAGUUUGGAUGUGAACAAGAAGCAAAACCAUCUUGAGGCCAAUUCAGGUAGUACCAAGCUUGGGGAUGAUUCAAAAAUUUUGCCUCAGGAGGUGGAAAAAGAUUAUGGGUUCUCCGAUUCAAUGAAGGGAAAGAAAAAAUACAGGGAUGUAGCUGAUGCAGCUCAAGCAGCUUUUGAGUCGGCAGCUUAUGCAGCAGCAGCUGCAAGAGCAGCAGUGGAGCUCUCUCGAUCUGAACCACAUGAUCCUGACGAUCAGGAUAGUCCCAAUAAUGGACGAGGCAAAGUGUUGAAGAAGCAUGAAAUCAUGACACACGAAUCUGAAUUGGUAAACAAAGAAACGCACAAUGAAAAUCAAGCUGAAAAAAUGAAACAGAAAAAUGCAUCAGAAUUGAAGAGGUCAAUGUCUGCUUCAAGUUCAGAUUCAGCAGAAGACAUUUCAAAGGUGACCACAAAAUCAUCAGUUGUUAUAGGUCAGGCUGAUCCUUUGGAAAAAGAAAUGCAUUUUGAUGAGAGUGACAAUGAGACUUCGCAUGAAGAAAGCAUCAUCCUACCUCAUAAGCAAAUUCCUUCAGGGUUUCGAGCUGGCCUAAAGGUGGGCUCAGGCCUUGGACACCCAACAGGACUUGCUGCAGAACGAUCUGGGACUGGGAUACACAUUGCACAAAAUUUAAACAUGGAGAAGGCACCAAUAUCUGUCAGGACUAGACAAGUGCGCGGAUACUGAAAAAGCACUUUAGCAUAUUUGAUAUCUAUUUGUAAGUUUUGUUGAUUUGUGGUAACAUCAUAGGCUGAGUCUAUAUUAGCUUGUUUCUUUAAAUUUUUUUUCUUCCAUAUAAUUGCAGAAAAUGUUAACUA